CAUAUACGUACUCCGGGCCGCCUUCUGAUGCCGUCAGCUCGAAGAUGUCUGAAUGGAGAGCUUCAUCGUAGGAAAGAAACCUCUUACGGUGCGCCGGACUGGCUUCAUCGAACAGCCUCUGGAGCUUGAGGCCAAAAGAGUCCAAGACCCGAACCGGGGCCAAAAGUGGAGUGCCACCGGACAAUCAACCAAUCAAAACCCCCAUUAUGAUAUUUUUUCUCUGGCUGCUGCUCCCACCUCCUGCGACCAGCGACUCUCUCUCAACGUUGCCCGCCCGCAUCAUCACUGGCAACAGCAAACCGCUCGACCACCAUCCUCCACGUUCGCUGCCGCUCUCCGCAGCAAUCGCAUGGUACUAUCUUUGAUGGCUGCCAAGUAA